AUGAAGAUGCUGGAAACUGAAAAAUUUGCUGAAUUUUACGCUAGAUUGAGUGUGGUGGUGAAUGCUUGCAGCAACCUUGGUGAUGCAAUUCCUGAACACAGAAUAGUGAAAAAGAUUUUGAGAUCUCUGCCUAUGAUGUAUCACGCCAAGAAGACAGCGAUUGAAGAGUGUAAGAAUUUGAACACUUAUAAACUUACUGAGUUAAUUGGUUCUCUUACCACUUAUGAGAUGGAAUUUCCAGAAAUAAAGAAAAGUAAGGGCAUUGCUCUAAAUACAGUGAAAGAAGAUGGGAGUGACAGUGUGUCAGAAGACAAAAUGGAUUAUGCUUUGCUUACAAAACAAUUUCGUAAGUUUUUGAAAUCUAAGAAUUCAAGGUCUGGUGAACAAAGAGGAAAUUCAGGUUCAAGUACAAGAGGGAGUCGCCCUCGUGAGUUUACUUCUGACAAGUUAUCACAUACAACCAGAACUAUGGAGAGAAAGGGCUCUAAAGAUUCACUGAAGUGCUUUGAAUGUGGUGGAUAUGGACACUUUGCCUCUGAAUGCGCAAAUAAUUUGAGGAAGCAAAAUAGUGGGAAAAAUAAAGUAAUGGCAACAACUUGGAGUGAUAGUGAGUCUGAUAAUGAUUCAAAUUCAGAAAAUGAAGAUCAAGUUGUUGCUUUCUCUGGGAGAAUUCAUGCGCAAAAGGAUGAGAACUCUGAUGUUGAAGAACCUGAGAUAGAAGUGGUGAUGAAGCAAUUCAAUAGUCUCUAUGAUUCCUCUGAAAAACUGAAGAAGAAAAAUGCAGAGCUUGCUGAUCAAGUGGCUUUUCUACAAGACGAACUAACCAGGACUGAAGCUGCCUUUCAAUCCCAGCUGAAAACAGAAGAAAAUCUGCGUGGGUCUUUGCUUGAAAAAAUUCAGAUGCUCCAAGACAAGUACCAGCUGCAGAAAGAUAUGAAUGUUUCUCUUACUUUCGAAAGGGACCAUGUUAGUGCUGAAUUAAAAUUAGCAACGGAAAAAAUAUUUGGUAUGACCAUUGGUGCAGAGAAGAUUGACAGGAUGUUAAGUCUGGGGAAAAAGGGCUGGUGA